GGAACUGUAGCGCUCAGUCACAAGGCAGACAUCAUGUUAUCCAAAGGAGUAGUGUCGCUGCUAACUGCAUGCCUGGCCUUGGUGGCAGGAAGCGCGCUGGGGGCAGCGACAGCUGGCACCCACCGCCGCCACCUCCGCCUCCCACGUGCGGGGGCCGUCAACCAGUUCCCUGACGGCUUCAUGCUGGGGGCAGCCACGGCCUCCUACCAGAUCGAGGGCGGCUGGGACGCCGACGGCAAGGGGGAGAAUAUAUGGGAUCGGAUGUUUCACGAACAUCCGGAGUAUGGCACCAACGGCGACAACGGGGAUGUGGCCUGCGACUCGUACCACAAGUACGCGGAAGACGUACAGGCUCUGAAGAAUUUGAAUGCAAAUGUGUAUCGUUUCUCUAUUUCUUGGGCUCGAAUUUUGCCAAAUGGCGAUACAGAUGUGAUUAAUCAGGCAGGUCUCGAUUACUACAACAGCCUCAUCGAUCUGCUGCUGGAAAAUGGGAUCCAACCGCUGGUGACGAUGUACCACUGGGAUCUUCCUCAAGCGCUGCAGUACAUUGGUGGAUGGCCAAAUCCAAUUCUGGCAGACUACUUCGUCGAGUACGCAAGAGUGCUCUUCGAGAACUUCGGCGAUAGGGUGAAAUUCUGGAUAACUUUCAACGAGCCUGCAGCGGUAGUGAGCGGCUACGCGUCCGUUGGGCGGGCAGCACCCAGUCUACCGGCUCCUGGCAUCGGAGACUACUUGGCCGCCCACACCAUCAUCAAGGCGCAUGCGCGGGUCUACCAUUUGUACCAGGAGCAGUACAAGGCGUCGCAGCAAGGUUACGUCGGCAUCACACUGAAUAGUGCUUGGAACGAACCAGCCACCAACUCAACUGAAGACAUCGAAGCAGCAGAACGUGCUCGUCAAUUCGAGGUUGGAAUCUACGCGCACCCCAUCUUCAGUGAGGAGGGUGACUACCCUUCGGUGAUGCGGCAGAGGGUGGACGCCAAUAGUGCAGCAGAGGGAAGACCACGCUCCCGGCUGCCCUCCUUCACCAGUGAGGAAGUCGCUUACAUCAGGGGGACGUCGGAUUUCUUCGGCGUCAAUCAUUAUUCUUCGGUACUGUCGACGUCAGGUGAGACUGGAACCAUUCCAUCUAAGGAACACGACGCUGGCGUCAUCAGCUACAGCUUUGACUCUUAUCCUCAAGCGGCGAGUAGCUGGCUGCAGGUAAUCCCAUGGGGAUUCCGUAAACUUCUGAACUGGAUUGCUGCUGAGUACCCGGAAUACCCCAUAAUCGUGACAGAGAACGGCUACUCGGACUGGGGCGAACUGGAUGACAAAAAUCGUACGGACUACUACACGAGCUACUUAGCAGAAAUGCUUAAAGCAAUCAACACUGAUGGCAACAACGUGAUUGGCUACACGGCUUGGAGUCUCCUUGAUAACCUCGAGUGGACUGAUGGCUUUGCCAUAAAAUUCGGCCUCUAUCAGGUCGACUUCAACGAUCCCGAAAGGCCCAGGACGGCGAAGGAUUCGGUGCAGACAAUGGCUCAGAUAUACGCUAGCAAAGAAUUGCCUAUAGAAUACUUCGAGUGAUAACACCUUUCAUGGUUUAUGUAGAAAGACAUCUUUGUCCAGCAAUAAUGAAUAAUGCAUAUACGGUUUUCUUCUAUAUGUGACUACAAACAUUACAUAUUUUCAACAUAAAACAA